AUGCAAGCCGAGACCAAGCUCCAACCGACCAACGGCACGUCCUGCUGCCACACAUCUACACUGACUCCUCCCCUUACACUGACUCCUCCCUCUACACUGACUCCUCCCUCCACUGACUCCUCCCCCUACACUGACUCCUCCCUCUACACUGGCUCCUCCCUCUACACUGGCUCCUCCCGCUAUACUGACUCCUCCCUCUACACUGGCUCCUCCCUCUACACUGGCUCCUCCCUUUACACUGACUCCUCCCUCUACACUGGCUCCUCCCUCUACACUGACUCCUCCCUCUACACUGGCUCCUCCCUCUACACUGACUCCUCCCUCUGCACUGACUCCUCCCGCUUCACUGGCUCCUCCCCACUACACUGA